AUGGAGUUACUUCACCAUGUGGAGCAAGAAGAUCCUAAAGAGUUUAAGGAGGAUCCAGAAGAAAAUCCUGAAGAGUUUGAGGAGGAUCUAGAAGAUUAUCUUGAAGAUUUUGAAAAGGAUCUUGAAGAAUCUGAGGAGGAUCCGAAAGAAGAUUUUGUUGGUGGAAGUCUAGGUGUGAGAUUCUGGCAAGGUCGAGAUGUGCAACUCUCAAUUGCAGAAGACCGGAUGUGCGAUUCCGAUAUGUCGGGAUGUUUGAUUCUCGAAGUACAGAUGUAUGAUUCCAGAAGCUCUACACCUGAACCAACAUCUACUAAAAGACCAAGACUUGAAAAUGAGACUCUUGAUGAACCGCUUUCGAAUUCGAGUAACAAUUUGCAAUAUGUUUCUGAUCCUGGAAUUCGCAUCCCAAUUUUACAACAUCCCAUUGAACUUCAAGAUGAGAGACAUGAAGGAGAUGGGAAUUCAAGACAUAGCUUUGCCAUGCCAAAAUGGGGAGAUUUGAAAAAUCUUGAUCAGCAUAUUGAUAGAAGAUUAGAAAAACAAUCUUCUAAGCAAAUUGAGCAAAAUCGGUUGCUCUUAAAGGUGUCCAUAGAAAGUGUGAAGUUUCUUGCUAUGCAAGGUUGUGCUUUUAGGGGUCAUGAUGAAUCAAUUACCUCUAAAAACUGUGGAAAUUAUUUGGAAUUGGUAGCUUUGUUGGGAAGAAUGAAUCCAGAAAUUGGUAGUACUUUGGAAAAAGCAUCUAAAAAUGCAAAGUACACAUCACCAGAAAUUCAAAGAGAGAUUUUGAAAAUUAUUGCUGAUAUUGUGAGGGAUAAAAUUCGUGCAAAAAUUGGAGAAGCCAAGUUUUGUAUCCUCGUUGAUGAAGCAAUUGAUGAGUCAAGUAAAGAACAAAUGACUAUCAUUUUAAGAUAUGUUGAUCGGGAUGGGUUCAUUAGAGAACGAUUUUUUGAAGUUGUUCACGUUGAGAAUACAAGUGCAUUAACUUUGAAAAAAGAGAUAUGCAAUGUAUUCAACCAAUACAAUCUAUUAACUGAAAAUCUAAGGGGGCAAGGCUAUGAUGGCGCAAGUAAUAUGCGUGGGGAAUGGAAUGGACUCCAGGUUUUAUUUCUUAAAGAUUCUCCACAUGCUUAUUAUAUUCAUUGUUUUGCUCAUAGACUACAACUUGCUUUAGUUGCAGUUUCUAAAGAGGUGCAUGAUGUGUGGCGUUUCUUUUCAACAUUAACUUCGGCUAUUAAUUUUGUUGGUUCAUCUGCUAAACGUCAGUUUCAAUUGAAAUCUAUCCGAAAAGCUGAAAUUAAUGAUUUGAUAAAAUUGGGAGAAAUUGACACUGGUACUGGAUCUAAUCAAGAUUGUUCUUUGGUACGAGCUGGAGCUACUCGUUGGAGUUCACAUUUCAACUCUGUUAGGAGAUUCAUUAGUUUGUUUGGUUCAGUGAGUACACUUCUUCAAGAUCUUGUCGACAAAGGUCCCAAUAGUAACAUUCGAGGAGAGGCUAAAGGUUUGUACUUGGAUAUAAAAUCAUUUGACUUUGUAUUUGUAUUAUUUCUGAUGCAUGAAGUUUUGGGAAUAUCAGAUAAGUUGUGUCAGACAUUACAGAAGAAUGACAUAGAUAUUUUGAAUGCUAUAAAUUUGGUUUCUACUACUAGACUAAAUCUUCAACAAAUCCGAGAUGAUAGAUGGGAAGGAUUUCUUUGGAGUGUGUUGAAGUUUUGUGAAAGCAAUGAUGUUGAGGUGCCAGACUUUGAUGAUUGCUACACACGAGGUACAAAACGUUCUUGCCAGCAAAAAAACAAUAUAACAGUCCAUGAUCACUAUCAUUUUGAAAUAUUUAAUGCAGUAAUAGAUUUUCAGUUGAUGGAAUUGAAUGAAAGAUUUCCAGAGGGCACAAUAGAACUUCUUACUCUCAGUAAUGCUUUGAGUCCCGUUGAUGGAUUCAAAUCAUUUUCUCUGCCUGACAUUUGUUCUCUUGUUGAUAAAUUUUACUACUAUGAUUUCAAUCUAGAAGAAAGAGGAGAUUUGGAGAGAGAAUUAGAUCAUUAUAAAUUUGAUAUACCGCGUCAUGCGCAGUUUCAGAAUCUUAAUUCUUUGCAUCAUUUGUGCCAAACAUUGGCCAGAACGACAAAGUCAGUUAUCUAUCCUUUGAUUGAUAGGUUGGUUCGAUUGGUUUUGACUCUUCCAGUUUCUACAGCAACUACAGAACGAGCCUUUUCAGGGAUGAAACUCAUUAAGACGACACUUCGUAAUAAAAUGGAAAAUGACCUUAUGGCCAAUACCAUGGUUGUUUAUAUAGAGAGGGAUAUUGCUUCAGGGAACCAGGAGUGCACGCUCUCGCUACAAAAACAUUUCAGCGGAAAGAAAGGAACAGAACUGCUGAAAUGUGUCAAGUAUUCAACGAUAUUAAUAGAUGGAGGCCAGCAGAUGCUGGUUUCGACGCAUCGCUUCGGCGUUCUUCUCCAUUUUAAGCGCUGGACCCCACGUUCGUUCAGCUUUCUCAGAAUGACCGUCACACGACGAAGCGUCCCAACCGUUUAG